GGCUGGAAUGUGCAGGCGGUGCAGACGCUGCUGCCACCCACGGCUCGUACGGGACAUUGCCCGGAGCGCAGUGGAAAGAUUGAGUCUGCUUUGCCAUCAGGUACCGGCUUCCAUGUGCAAGAUAACAUAUGAGAGGCUCAGUGUGGGACUUAUAAAGCAGAUUGUGACAUAGACUUUGGCUAUAUUUUUCAUAGUUGUGUGAAGCUAGAAAUCUGAACGGAUGCCUGUGCCGCCACCACCACCUCCUCCUCCACCACCUCUGCCACCCUCUGGAGGGCCCCCUCCACCACCACCUUCUGGAGGGCCCCCUCCACCACCACCUUCUGGAGGGCCCCCUCCACCACCACCACUGGCUAGUUCAGAAGUACCGAAAUUGCGGAAGGAAGAUCAGAAAGCACGAAACGCACUCUUGGCUGAUAUCCAGCAGGGAACUCGCUUAAGAAAAGUGACUCAAAUCAACGAUCGCAGUGCACCACAGAUUGAAAAACCCAAAGGAGCUAACAGAGAUGGAGUUAAUCCAGUUGUCAAUAAAGGUGGCUCUCAGCAGCCUCUGGGAGGUUUAUUUGCUGGUGGCUUUCCUGUUCUCAGACCAGCAGGCCAGAGGGACAUGACAGCAGGGAGGCCUGGGCAGGUUUCCGGAGUCCGAGCAGCGGCCCCCAAACACUCCGCCCCAGCGAACAGCGGCGCUGCCAAGCCGAGCAGUAACCCCUCGCACCCAGCCGAAGGUCCAAGGGCAGCUGUGCCACCAGAGCCUCCCAGCACCUCCGGAGCGGAGCGGAGCCGGCCCCGGGCGCCAGCCUGCCCGCCCCCCCCUCCACCGCCUCCCGCUUCCAGCAAACCUACCCUCACUUUCCCUCCUCCUCCCCCUCUCCCUCCUCCGGCCGAUCGCCCUCCAAGGGGGUGACGCCCGGGCGCGACCCCUCUCGCCCCCGCUCCCUCCUCCGCUGACAAACCCGCCAAGUCUCCAGCAGGCGCUUCACACCCGCCCCAACCGCCCCCUCCUCUCCCCCCCUGCGGGCUGCCGGCCAGGGACUGCCGAUGUUCCCCUGCGGCUUACCCCCCUCCAGCCGAAGGGAGGGACUGUCCCCCUCCCACGCCGCCUCCCCCCCCUCCGCCGCCGCCCCACGCCACGCCACGGUCCGCGAACAGGCUCUCCUUUCCCCCCUCCCCAGCCUUUAGCGGUGCUGACGUGCCCCCUCCGCUGCCCCCCAAGUCUCCCCACUUGCUGUCACAGUUCCAUAAGCCAAGCAACAUCCAGUCGCUGCCGCUCCCACCCACCCCCGGCCACCCUCAGCCCGCAGCCGGGACAGAGACCAGGAAAAAGAGACCCGGCCGAGGCGCAGGAACCGGUGCUGGGAAGCUGGUCACACCUCCACAACCACCAGCAAGAUCUCCAACAACUGAACUUACAAGCAAGUCUGGAGUCUCAGCCUGGGCUACAGCUCAUGACCCCUACCCACCACUCAAAAAUGGAAAUAUGCACAUCAUUGAUGACUUUGAAUCUAAAUUUACUUUCCAUUCUGUGGAAGAUUUUCCCCCACCUGAUGAAUUCAAGCCAUUUCAGAAAAUAUAUCCCAGCAAGAUAGCUAGAGAUCCUUCUAAAAAUCCUCCAUUAAGAACACAUGUGAGAUGAGAAGAGUCUGCUGAUGCUCUCUGGAAGAGUAUUAAAAAAGAACAUCAAGAUAAUAUAUAAAACAGAAGGGGUCCCCAUUGCAGUGAUAGUGAUUGUAUUUGAGUCACAAGUACUGCAGUGUAAACAUUUCUAUGAACUGGAAAAAUGGUGUAAAUGAUACCUUUUUAGCUGGCCUACAUACUACAGGAACGUUAGUACAGGCUUUUAAAUUAUUGUAAAUAGGUGGAUAUUUUUUAAGCAAAGCAGCAUAAAAUUUAAGUUAUUUGUCGUGUUGAAACAAUUCUCAUUCUUAUAAUGCUGACAAUGUUAUCUCAGAAUGUUUUGCAUUACAUGCCUCUAUUUCUUUUUUCCCCUUUCAUCACAAUUUUUAAGUAUUUUGGAAAUUCUCCAGUUAUUAUUCAGACAUUUUUUCAAUGAACUGUCAAACUACUGUACUACCUUUAGUCUCUUUUUAUGUUCCUUCGCUUCUAUUCUGCCUAUCCUCAGAUUGCAGCAGGAUGUCACUUUCAUGAAGGGACAGGUCCACAAUCCUUCUCUCAUCAAGCAUGAAGAGGAGAUGACAAGGAGCUGUGGCUGCUGUUGAACCUGUCUCCUACUGAUUACAGAUCCUUAUAGGAUAGUGUCUGAAGAAGACCAGCCUGGGUAGGGUGGUCAUGGAUUUGACAAAGAUGACAGAACUUCUCCAGAGUAGAGGAAAAGAAAGUUGCUAUAUUGUAAGCAAAAAAAAAAAAAAAAAAAAAAAAG